AAAAAAAAUAGAGAAAUGAUGGCCCACAUUUUAAAACACAAAGAAAUAAUGGCUUGUUUUUUAAACACCUAAUAAAAACGUCAUCAAACCUCGUCUUGUCUAACAUUGCGAGUGCGUGUUUGACGAGCCUCCACUACAAAGCCACCAAUUAUGUUAUUAUUUCUAUAGAUAAACAGCUACUGUCGGUUCAGUUGUCGUUAAUACGUGUAUCGUUGAGUGAACGCAAGCGUUCGAUUAUUUACAGUUACAACUCUUUGAAGACACCCACAUAAACAAAACAGUGACAUCGUCAACCAAAAUUUUAAAAAUGGGAGACAAAAUUUGGACGAUCAACGACAACGUUCAUUGUCAGCUGUUAACCUCCGCCUACCUCGAAGAAGCCCUCCGAUUUAUCGAAACCGCGUUCUACCCUCACGAAAACAUAUGCAAGACUAUGGAAAUCACGAAAGACCCGGAGGCUUUAGUCGAACUUCGCGAGCUAACAACAUCUGCAGCCAAAGACGGAGUUACACUUAUCGCAGUGGACAAACGGUCCAACAAAAUCGUAGGAGUAGCGUUCAACAAAAUCCAGGUUAGAGACGAUCCCGUCUUUGAAAAUUUAGCCAAGCGCUGGAAGCGUCCCCUUUCUAAAGCCAUCGUGGAGUUCAUGGCCUACAUCGACAACCUCUACAACCUCUUCGAGCACUGUCAGAUCGAGUGUCUUUUCGAGCUGAUGUUCCUGGCUACGCUGACAGACUACAGGGGGCAAGGUAUAGGACGGAAGUUAACCGAAGUUUCGGUGGAGAUUGCCAGGGAUCUAGCGAACGGAAUUAACGUUAAAAAAUCCGUUGAUGGUAGCCAGCUUGCUCUGGAGCCUGCACCCAAAAUCAUUAGUUCCAUUUUCACUUCUAUUGCCACUCAGAAAAUCGGGAGACAGUUAGGGUUUCAGGUCGUUGUCGAACUGGAUUAUGAGGGGUUGGACUUUCAGGGGAUGAGUUUCACAAAAGUGGCGGAAAGUGGGACGAAGAAGCUGACGUUGGAGUAUAAGAAACUUACGUGAUGCUACUAAAAUUUGUAAAAAAUUAAAUAUACAAUUUUUAAAAUUAUUAUAUUGUUGUAAGUUGUAGUAAAUUAAAUAUUUGCAAUUA